AUGGGAAUUGUGCGGGGCAACGAUUGCCUUGAACUGGAGAGUUCAAUGGCUGAGAGUAGGCUCCGGGCUCCGGACCUAGGGGCUCAGCUAGGAGUUUCCAGUUGUCUGGGAAAAUGCCAGAAGAGCUCACCAGAUGCUGGGAGGCAGCCCUUUUCUGGAAAGUCCUUUUACCUGGAUCUGCCCACUGGCAAGAACCUCCAGUUUUUGACAGGGGCCAUCCAGCAGCUGGGUGGGGUAAUUGAGGGGUUUCUGAGCAAAGAAGUAAGUUACAUCGUGUCCAGCCGCAGGGAGGCGAAGGCCGAGAGCAGUGGGACAAGUCACAGAGGCUGCCCCAGCCCCAGCGAGGUCACAGUGGAAAGCAACCCAAAAGGCAGCCGUGCCAGGCCCGCACAGAACGCCGUGGACUCGGUGCCUCUGAGUAGAGGGAAGGAGCUCCUGCAGAAGGCCAUCAGAAAGCAGGGCAGCAGCGGCGGAGGCGGUGACGGGCGCGGCAGCAGCCUCCUGAGCAACGCCAGCUCCUGGGGGGUGCGGAUUCUCCACGUGGAUGAAAUGAUGAUGCAUGUGCAGCAGUUGUCUCUUGAUGCGCCAUGUGUGAAGAAACAAGGGCCAAAGAAGCCAGAGGGAACAUGUCCAGCAGAGUCAAGAACACGGAAAGUGGCCAGACUGAAGGCACCGUUCCUCAAAGUCGAAGAUGAGAGCAGGAAGUUUCGUCCUUUCCACCAUCAGUUUAAAUCCUUUCCUGAAAUUUCUUUUCUGGGACCCAAAGACGCAAGUCCCUUUGAGGCCCCGACGACUCCAGGCAGCUCACACCAUACCAGAGAAGCCAAGGACCAGGAGCCAAGCCAGCGAUCGGCCGCCUGCACGGUGCCCAGGAGGAAGAAGGGGUACUGCGAGUGCUGCCAAGAGGCCUUCGAGGAGCUGCGCGGGCAUCUUCAGAGCCCCCAGCACCGGGGCUUUGCCCUGGAAGCCCGCCCGUACGCCGAAGUGGAUCGGAUCGUCGCCCAGCUGAGCCACGGCUUUGCGGACAUCCCCUUCCAGGCCAGCCUCCCCGGGCAGCCAGGCUCCUUGGCUUCCGAUUGUGACCCUCUGUGUCCUGAGACUCCGCCUCCCAGCCAGCCUUCCUGUCUCAGGGCAGCAUCUCCCAGGAGGAGGAAAGAAGACAAUCACGAGGCCCCAGACGCCUCAGAGCACGAUGGGACAGUGGGCGGCAUGAAAGCACCAGCUGAACCUGUGGAGGCUGGCAAGAUACCUGGACCAAUAGCAAGGCACCAGGAGCUGGGAGGGUCGGCUGACGUCUCUGUGGACCCCCGAGAGACACCAGCGUCCAGGAGCCCUGCUUACCAGAGCCUGCUGACCAGCUCUGGAUUUGCUGGACCCUCCUCUGGCCCAGACCUGGCACCUGUGGGCAGCAAGCGGAAGGUUCAGUUCCCCAGUGGCAGUGCCGAGAAGAGGCCAGGGGUGUCCUGGCCACAGGCCUCAUUCUUCGUCCCGAGAGCCCCCAGCCCCUGUGGCACCAGGACAGCCAGUGGCAAGCAUCUUCUCUCCCUUCCCCUUCCAGGCUAUGAGCCCAGGCCUCUGGCCUCCCUCCAGCCCGUGUGCCACCAGCAGACCUGCCUCUCCCUCACGGGCCCCUUUCCCGGGCAGCCCACAGGCAGGCCAGCCGACUUCUGGGCCACACAGUCCCCCUGGCCUGGGGGAGGAUGGCCCCCAGCAUCUAAGGAUUCUGAGGGCGCAGCCUCUGGCCCAGUCUCCCAGCAGGCUGAGCAGCUCCCCAGCGGCCCCGCAGCUCCCGGCCAGCUGCCAGCCCACCUGCACUCAGCUGCGGGCACACAGACCCCAGGAGGACCUGCAGAGAGCCAGGCUACCUCUCUGCCCUCACCCCUUCCAGCCAGCGGCGGGGCCAGCUGCUCCCGAUGGUUCUGGACACCCCAGCCUCUCCCUGUCUCCCAGUCCCAACCCCAGCCCAGUGCCAACAGAGAACUACUCCUAUGAGUCCCCCUGGGCACGCAGCUCUGGGGCCAGACAGCUCCCGACUCAGGGCAAGUUACACCUCUGCCGAGCGCUGCACACCCAGCCCGGGCUGACCAGGCACACGGGAAGGAGCUGCGCCUGGGGCCUGGCCCUUGAAGUCCACGUGAACAGCUGUGGUCACGGCCAAGCUCUGUGGGGUUGACGGGGCCAGUCCUCCCACCUGCCAGGUCUUCAGGUGGGACCAAGAGGGUCUGGGCUGGGGGCUGCCCUCUCCCCUUCCUCCAGCCAUGGCUUGUGCAGCCGUGGCCAGCUGCCCAGGCCAGGAGGCAGAGGCAAGGUUGGCGUAGGGAGGGAUUUGAAGAGAAGCUAGAGCAGCAGGCGCCCUGGCCUGGCUUACCGUCCCUCUGCAGGCGCUUGCUCUGCAGAGCCCAGAGGGUUAGUUGUCAGUGUUCAGACACCCCUCCAGCCUCCUUUCCCACAAGCAUGUGGCUCUCCUGCUUUCUGAGAUGCCUGCGUGUUGUCCCCUCCCCCAACCCCCCACGCUGGUGCACACAGAUCCUCAGGAACAUAUGAAGCAGAGGAGGGGCUCGGCUGCGCCACUUCCAGAGCUCCCUCCCUGCUGCACUUAGUGGGGGUCCGGCACUGACCUCUCCCCUGAGCCCAGGAUGUAGCCAGAGCCCCCUCUGGGGACCCCUCUCAGCUCUUCCCUGCCACUCAGCUCUGGCUGCCCACCCAGAGUUUGGUUCCAGUCUCAGUGGCUCACCUGCCAACUUCUGCAAUCACCCUCCUCCCUCUCUCCUUCCCCAAGGACCUCCCCCCAUUUCUUUCAGCCAAGCCAUUAAUCUGGAGACAGAGAUGAGUUUGCUAUCGAUUCUUUGGCCACUUUUUUUUUUUUUUCUUUUUUUACAUUUUGUACUGUGGUUCUUCUCACCCUUCUCUGCCUCUGUGUGUUUGUCUCUUUAAAUGUGGAAGCUACCAGAAGCCUGGUGCCAUUCUGUAUCUUAUUUUGGAGGAAGAAAGGGGGGCCUAGCUGCGGGUGAGGACCUGAGUUGUUAGUUUGGAAAUCGAGCAACUAUGUGUACAACCCUCAUAGAGGUCAUGUUUGUCCUUUUUAUGCCAUCCUGUUA